AAGACGUCCGAUAUGACAUCCUUCGUCAUACCUUUCGCUUCAUCUGUCAUGUUCAUGGCCUGAAGAGACUGUAAAAUAUGUGGCCUGAGGAGAUUACAGGGUCUGUGGCCUGAAGAGACUAUAGGGACCCCCAUCCUUCUUUGCUAUUUUCCGGUGUAAGGCAGCCGGAGUGCAUCCGAUCCCUUGAUCAUCGUCGCCCUACACAACAACAACAACUCUCAAGUACUGUAUACCAAAGUUAUGAUAUAUCGCUAUAGUUUGAUGACCAAAUUUUUUAUAGAUGGCAUCUAUAACAAUGCAGCGCUUCUGUCAGUUUGGGAUUCGACUCCAACCUUCAAUUGCAGCCUCAGGCCAAUAUUUAUCUAGGGGCUUUGGAAUAUCCAGCAUAAGGAACACUGCAACAUAUAAAGCCGCUGUCUUGCAAGAGUUUGGAAAAGACUUAGUCAUGCAAGAUCUUGAGAGAAAGAAAAUACAACGGGGUCAAGUUAGAGUUGCUGUACAUAGCUGUGGUGUUAAUGCUUCUGAUCUGCUAAUGAUGGAAAAUAAGUAUGAUCAAGUACUUAAGCCCCCAUUUGUACCUGGCUUUGAAAUUUGUGGUGAGGUAAUAGAGAUUAGUGAAGAUGUACAGACUACGGAGGUUGGUUGUCGUGUAAUUGGGAUCAACAAACAGACAUUGGGUGGCUUUGCUGAGGAAUGCAUCAUAUCGGAACAGGACCUGUGGAGGGUAGACCAUGCAGUUGGCUUUGAUACUGGAGCUGCUCUAGUCGACACAUAUGCCACCGCCUUGAUUGGAUUACACCGAAGAGCAGAAGUCGGAGAAGAUAGCACAGUUCUAGUCACAGCUGCCGCUGGUGGAUUAGGGUUGGCUGCUGUUGACCUUGCUGCAAAUGUUUAUAAAGCUAAGGUUAUUGGUAUCUGUGGCACAGAAGACAAAGCAGAUCUUGUUAGAAAAAAAGGGGCAUGGUCAGCACUAAAAUAUAAUAAAAAGCAUAUUAUGGCAAAGGUAAAUGAAAUGACUAAUGGUAAAGGUGUUGAUAUUGUCUUUGAUGCAGUUGGAGGAGACAUCUUCAAUGAUUGUUUGCAAUGCGUGGCGCACGAGGGUAAGGUAAUAGUAGCAGGGUUUGCUAGUCGUGUCAUCCCUCAUAUUGAGACGAGUCAACUGUUGCCCAAGGCAGUCUCCCUAAUAGGCCUCUCCCUCACACACUACCGUGAUGCGGACAACUCUGUGUACAGACAAGCGGUGGAGGAUGUGAUAGAUAUGCAGGAAAUGGGACUUAUCAAGCCACAUAUUUCUGCCUUAUUCAAGCUUGAGGAUUCCAAAUUAGCAUUUAACUUUAUGAAAGAAAGAAUGUCUACAGGAAAAGUGGUGCUUGAAGUUCAGUAAAGGAAUCUUAAAAAUUAAACUGUUUUUCAUAGGUUACCAUAUAUUCUUGAUUACAUUAUUCCAUCAGUGCCUCUUGCCAAAUGUUCUGCAGCUCCUGCUUAUUCUGUGAUCCCUCUAAGCUUGUGCAUGUUUAAUCUUUCCAAAGAUUGUUGCAUCAUUAAUUUUUAAUCUGAAAAAGAAGACAUGUGCCUAUGGAACAGGAUACUUGAAUUUCCUAGAUAAGCGAUUACAGUAUAUCAUUAGCAGAGAAUAAAAUACUUUCUGGUUGGUGAGAGAGAGAAAGAGAAAAUUGUAACUUUUGUGGUCAAAUAUCUCAAUGUGAUGAUGUUUUGUAUUGGAUUGGACACCUGCAUAGUUCUUAUCAAAGAGCAUUUGGACUCAACAGUAAACACCAGUAACCUCAUUGCAGAACAGUACCUUGUUUGUCCAUCAUUGUACAGCUGAACGUAUACAAGUAAAAUGUUAUAUACUUUAUAUAUUUUGCCUUUGGGUUUUACAGUAAAUAAUUAUUUUCAGAUUGUAGCAUCUAAUGUAAAUUAUUAAUGUAAGCCAUAUGUAUAAUAAAACAAAAGCAAAAAAUUACUAUUUUUAUUAAUUAGAUGUUUAACCCCUGCACUGCACCUUUAGGUGCUCUGAGAGAUGUGCUAUUUUUUUUUUAAUUGGGCUAUAUUUUAAUGUUUUUUUAAUGUUUUCAUUACUCUUUGUGUUUUUAAAUGAAAAUAGUUGAGUUUGGAAACAUUUUGACAUUAAAUUUACCUGAAUAUUUAUAAAAACAACAAGAAUAUGUCCUUGACAAUUGCCCCAAGAAGUUUUUGCUGAAACCAGGUGCGCAGUGCAGGGGUUAAGUAUUACUAACCUUUACACAGCGGUUAUUGUCAUUCGUUGACUGACGGGGUAAUGCGGUUAUCGUUAUACAUCAAUUUAAACAAUUAUUGUCUGGGCUUUACAUGUAUGAUGCAAAUAUGGAUAUUAUAGUUCUAUGUGGAUGUAA